AACUUGGCUGUUUCAACAACUCUUAACAAUGAGGAUGGCUUACAGAGAAAAGAGACUUCAGACAAAACCUGUUUUAAUAAUAAGUUUUCUCCCCAACCUCCCUGUUUUGCUUAGCCCUUAAACGGAAGGACAUCAUGAACAAUGAAUAAAGAGCAAUGAAGAUUUUCUGCAAAUGGUGGUGGAGGAAAAUCUGACUUCUACUGAACAUCUGUGUGAUUGGCAAGUCAAAACACCAAUGCACUCCCCUCUUAGGAACAAUGGAGAAACCUACUAAGCAGCAGAUACACAAAAUUGAAUCCCAGGAGAGCUUCACAGAAGUAUAUGCAAUGGCAGAUUUUACUCUUCCACCAUUAAGACCAACAGCAAAGCCACCAUCAAUGUUCAGUGUGCAUCUCCCACCAGUGAAAACAUCAGCCAGACAAGCACCAGCACCCUUGUCGACCACAACUCCUUCUCAUCCAACUAGAGGUUCAAACAAGCAUGCCCCAUCUUCUUCCGCAAUGACAAAUCCUGUUUUUCUUCCUCCACUGCAUUCUGCAGGCAAGAAAAUGGGAGGAAAAUGCAAUGUGCUCCCUCCACUAAAUGCUGCAGUCAAACAAGCGGAAGCAACACAGGAAGCAUUUUGUUUGCAGAGCCCUCUUGAUAGAGCCCAAGCAGCAAAGAACAAAGGCAACAAAUACUUUAAAGCUGGGAAAUAUGAGCAAGCCAUUCAGUGCUAUACCGAAGCCAUCAGUUUAUGUCCGCCUGAGAAAAAUGCUGACCUUUCUACUUUUUAUCAGAACAGAGCUGCAGCAUAUGAGCAACUGCAAAAAUGGAAAGAGGUAGCACAAGACUGUACAAAGGCAGUUGAGCUAAAUCCCAGAUACAUAAAAGCCCUCUUCAGGCGUGCAAAGGCUCAUGAGAAGCUAGACAAUAAGAAAGAAUGUUUAGAAGAUGUCACUGCAGUGUGCAUUUUAGAAGGCUUUCAAAAUCAGCAAAGUAUGUUGCUAGCUGAUAAAGUUCUUAAACUUCUUGGGAAAGAAAAGGCCAAAGAAAAAUAUAAGAACAGAGAACCUCUGAUGCCUUCACCACAAUUUAUCAAAUCAUACUUCAGCUCUUUCACGGAUGACAUUAUAUCCCAACCACUUCUUAGGGGAGAGAAAUCUGAUGAAGAUAAAGAUAAAGAAGGAGAAGCCUCUGUCAUAAAAGAAAACUCUGGCUAUUUAAAGGCAAAGAAAUAUAUGGAAGAAGAAAACUAUGACAAAAUAAUUAGUGAGUGUACUAAAGAAAUUGAGGCUAAAGGAAAAUAUAUGGCAGAAGCUUUACUAUUAAGAGCUACGUUCUACCUGCUUAUUGGUAAUGCAAACGCUGCCAAACCUGAUCUGAAUCAGGUUAUUGGCAUGGAAGAUGCCAAUGUAAAGCUUCGUGCUAAUGCCCUCAUCAAGCGAGGCAGUAUGUAUAUGCAACAACAACAACCUCUGCUCUCUACUCAAGAUUUUAAUAUGGCUGCCGAUAUUGAUCCUCAGAAUGCAGAUGUUUACCAUCACAGAGGGCAGCUAAAAAUUCUGCUUGACCAAGUUGAAGACGCUGUAGAAGAUUUUGAUGAAUGUAUCCGUUUGCGGCCAGAUUCUGCCUUGGCACAAGCACAGAAAUGCUUUGCAUUGUAUCGUCAAGCCUAUACUGGAAAUAAUGCUUUACAAGUACAGUCGGCAAUGAAAGGCUUCGAAGAUGUUAUUAAAAAAUUCCCGAGGUGUGCUGAAGGCUAUGCACUAUAUGCCCAGGCAUUAACAGAUCAGCAGCAAUUUGGCAAAGCUGAUGAAAUGUACGAUAAAUGUAUUGAUCUUGAGCCAGAUAAUGCUACUACUUAUGUUCAUAAAGGUUUACUUCAACUUCAGUGGAAGCAGGAUUUAGAUAAAGGUUUGGAACUUAUAAGCAAAGCCAUUGAAAUUGAUAACAAAUGUGACUUUGCAUAUGAAACUAUGGGGACAAUUGAAGUGCAAAGAGGCAAUCUGGAUAAAGCCAUUGAAAUGUUCAAUAAAGCUAUUAACCUAGCCAAAUCUGAGAUGGAAAUGGCUCACCUCUACUCACUCUGUGAUGCUGCCUAUGCCCAGACAGAAGUUGCAAAGAAAUAUGGAUUGAAACCACCAACAUUGUAAAGAAAGAAUUGGAGGGAAAUGACCUUUUUAAAAGUAAAGCUGCCCCCUUCGACCUAGUCCUAAAGACACUGUUGCAGUGUGUUGAAUGGUGGAAGUUAAUCUGGGGUGGUUUUUGGGGGGUUGGGUUUUUUGUUUUUUUUGGUCCAUGGUGUUGUAAUUAUCUGUUAAAUGUUUAGGUGUUGCUGGAGUGGCUGUCCAUCAGAGUAAGCAGUUUGUUCCCCCUGCAGCAAAUAAUUGUUAGAGGGAGGUUAAAAGAGUUGCAAGGGGAUCAAAUAUUAUUUUGGCCAUGCAAAUAAAAACCGUUUUGACUCAUGUUUUGAGGGUGGAUGUUGUGAAUGACUGGCUCUAUCUACAGGAUGUUUUACUACUGCUUAUUAUGUUGAUUUUAAAAAUUAAUAGUGCUGUGUAAUUUUUUAUAUGCAAUGAAUCCCUCUGGCUUGAUUUUAUUUUUGCAAAGAACACAUUAUUUGCAAAGUUGUUGAAUAGUAGGGAUUUUUAAGGCAAUUGUGGGUGAAGCUAAAUCAUUUCAACAUAGUUAUCAUGUGCAGUUUUCUUUCUUCCCGUUUACAGUUUCUGCUUCAUUUAAUAGGACAGUGGCAGCUAUACAGAAACCGAAGUUCUCAAUCUGCUGUUCUAGUGCAUGGUUUAGAGAACUACUUCAAAGAUCUUUUGCAAUUUACUAACUACCAUUUAUCAGUAGCCCUUUGUCCCCAAAAGCAACUUUUCCUUUCCCUUGUCUUAAUUUGAAAGUCACUAGAAAAAGCCUAUUUGUUAAAACGUUUUUCAGGAGAGCAAAAUUGUCUCUGUUAAGGACACUGCCAACACUUGGACUCGUCAGGUUAGUAUGUGUGCUAGAAUUGUUGUAGAAAUAAGUAUCAGACCUUGUUGGGGUGAAGUUUAGUUGAAAGGGUCCAACUGAAUUGGAAACAGUAACUUAGGCUUCAAAAGAUGCUUUUGGGCUUAUGCUGCGGCACAAAGCAUCCAUCUGCAGUUUAGUUACUUUUUCAGCUCUAUUUUAAGAGCUGUUUCUAUUUGAGUACUUAGCAAAUUGCACAUACUGGGUUGGAUCCACACUUUGCUCCCAUCAGUAGAAACAUCUCCUGAAUGGGGUUUUGCCCAGAGGAUGCUACUGUUGGUGAAUUUCCUUCUCCUCUGGUACCACAUUCCACACUGUUCCAGAGAAUUAUGAGACCCUUUAGAAGAGUGGGAGAUGAUGCUAGAGGCUGCAGGGAGAUGAGGCAAUCUGCAAAAGUUGCCUCCCCGCACAAGUGAGAUCUCUAUUGGAUUGAAAACCUCCUGGGAAGUCUGGAUUCAAUCCACUGUUCUCAGUUGCCCUACUGUUCCUAGGAGCUACUGAAGCGAACCAGUAACUGUAAUAGUACUAUUUCAGAAUUACAAAAUUUAUUGUAUAGCACAUAUGUGUUAAGAUUGUAUUCUGAGGUCAGUUAAUUUUAGACUGCUUCCUAAACCACACAUUGUGAAAACUAGUUACACUACAUUUUGCUGAAAAGAGUUCAUUCUGUUAAUGUAAUAAAUCAAGAAGAAAAUUGACAAGAUUCAGUGAUAAUUUUAAUCUUUCCAUUAUGUUCAGUUUGGAAAGUCAGCUGCUUCCCAAAAAAUUUUUUUUUAGUUCUUGAGUUUUCUAUUGAAGUAUCCCUCUCAUCUGUAAAUUGUAUCAUGUAUUUCAAAAGGGUUUUUAUUUGCGUGGCUCUAUGUACACUGACACUUCUGUCUCUGGAAAACAAUUAAGAAUUAAGCAUGUGCUGUCUGAUACUAGCAUUCCAAAUCAUCACAGAUUGUUUCCUGUUUUCAGAUAUUUGAAACUGCACUGAGAAUUACAUUUGUUUGUUAUUUUUUUGUAAAUGACUUACACUUGUAAAGUCACCAAAUAAAUAUUACAUUCAAAUA